GCAGCAGAAAGAUUAUAGUUGUUUAAUUUACAGUCUAUUUUGGCAAUCCUCUUAUUUCUUUCUUUUCUUCUUUUUCUUGGUCUUGUAACUUUUAACUUUUUCAUGGGGUAUUCUACCAUUCUUCUGACCCUUGGCCUUCUGGUCUCUGGUGUCUGCAUACCCUUGAUCCUUACAUUCCAAAAUCAUCAACUUCUGGAUGGCAGCGAUCAACCCCACUACUUCCAUCAACCACUCCUACAAACUAUCAUGAUAUUUGUGGGCGAGAUUCUUUGCAUCUUGAUGAUCCGUGUGUUGACCAAAUCACCUUCUUUCCUUGACCCUUCCGUACUUGGAUCACUUCAACCACACCAAUCUCUCGACUCUGCAACUGACUCUCAACAAGAAUGGUCCUCUCCUCCUAUUCAACGCACCUCUGUAUGCGCCUGGUCUUCAUUUUAUUUUAUAUUUCCCAGUAUUUGCGAUAUAUCCGCAAUCCUAUUGGCUAAUAUUGGUCUCAUUUAUUCCACGCCUUCUGUCUUUCAAAUGAUGAGAAGCAGCAUCACCGGUUUGUCUGCCAUCUCGGGCUGUUUGUUCUUGUCGCGUCGAAUCUUGCGCCAUGAACUACCAGCAAUUCUUGUGAUGUUUAUUGGUACCGGCAUGAUUCUAUGGUCAUCGGCUCUGUCCAGUGAAGAGGGCUGGUUAGGUCCACUACUGUUAUUGGGCAGCCAGAUUUUUGUUACUAUUCAAUAUGUCCUUGAAGAAUAUCUGAUGAAGAAGUAUCAACUUGAUCCUAUACGCGCUAUGGGUACCGAGGCUGUCUUUGGUGGUCUUUUGGUAGCUCUUGGCGUGUUACUUGCUAGUCUACUUGUGCACGAUCCUGAAUCAACAGUUGGACAGAUUUUGGACAUCAAAGCUGGUUAUGCUGAUUUAAUUCAGCACCCCGCCCUGUGGCAGUCCGCCAUUGCCUUAUCUCUUAUUGUCGCCACCUUUAACUUCUUUGGUCUUGCCUUUGGCCCUUCGAUGGGUAUAUCCGGAGGAAGUUCUGUGGAUAUGACUAGAAUUGCAUUAAUCUGGAUAGUGGCCAUCCACUUUGGCUGGGACAACUUUAGCUGGCUUGAACUGGUUGGCUUUGUGAUGCUUGGAUUGGGAGUGUUUGUGUUCAAUGGAGUGUUCUCCUCGGUUCUCAAGCGCCAACGCGGAGAACCAAGUGAAACUUCUCCCCUGUUGGCUUGAUUUAUAGCUUCUUUAUAUUGAACAAUAGCAAAUUUCUUAAUAGGGGAAUAUUAUCAUCAAUAAAGAAUAGUAAAUUUAGUUUACAUUUGUACAACAUCACCUG